AUGCCCGGCCUAGUCCGCAAGCUCCUCAUUUUCGCCGCCGUCGACGGGCUGAUCCUCCAGCCGGCUCCGCCGCGCAAUCACCCGCCGUCCACGCAGCAAGCCAUCAAGAUCGACUACAAGGGCAAUGUCGGCCCGCUGCUCAAGGACAGGCGACAAGAAGAUACGGCACCGGUCUCCCUAGAAGUCCAUGGCAUCAUAGGGCUCCUCAAGGUCGCGACUUCGUUCUUCCUUAUAUCUAUAUGCGGCCGCGAACAGGUCGCGCAGAUCCACGGCAAGCCCAUCUACAAGAUCACCGACGUCGCCCUCAUCCCGCUCUCGUCCCAAACCGAUGCCGACAAGGCCAUUGUAUCCGCGCGGGAACACAUACAGCGGCAUAAGAAGGCACAAGAUCUGGGGGAGGAGGACGAGGAGUCGGAAAGCGAGAGCGAGGAGGAAGCACCGAGCGUGACUGACUCGCUUGAGGAAGACUCAACGGCCCCGCCAAGCGAGGUCAAGGAUCCCCUCACCGGACAGCGAGGACGCGUGGAGCGUAGGUCGAGUGUGGCCGAGGAUGUCAUACAGCGGAAGGGUCUAUAUGGACGCUUCACGGAUAAGUGGUUCUCGAAGAAGGGAUGGAAAGCCGAGAGCAGGCGCUCGCAAGGCUUGACCUCUGAGGGAGACCUUCGCAAGAAUGCUCUAAAGAAUGUCGAAUCAACUGUACCGAAAGAGGAGGAGGGCCCCUUAAGCCCAUCCAACCCGGAUGCCUUUCCGGUCCAAGAUCAAGAUGCGCCGGAAGCAGUCAGUCCUGAGGAGAUCCCAAAGGCCCUAGAGGGUCCCACAGAUACCACCACGGUGGCGCUCCUGCCCAAGAUCCUGCGGACUACGAAGAUGUAUUUUGCAUCGGGAAACUUUUUCUUCUCAUACGACUACGAUCUAUCGCGCGGCAUUGGGCAGCAGCAGUCUAAUUCCAGCCUUGCGCUUUUCAAGCAGUUUGAUCCUCUGUUCUUCUGGAAUCAGCAUAUAAUGUCACCCUUCAUAGACGCCGGUCAGCAUAGUUUCAUCCUCCCCGUAAUACAAGGCUUCGUAGGCCAGCGGUCGUUCAGCAUCAAGGUCGUCGAUAGUGGUUCAAACAGCGUUGUUAUAGACCCGGCUUCUACUCCUAGUGAUAUCCAACUACAGUCCUUGCGCGAAAACAACUCCGACACCGAUGUCAGCUCUGACACAAAUACUGAAACGCCACCUCCCGAACCGUCCAACGGCAAGGACUUCCUACUCACCCUCGUCUCACGUCGCUCGACGAAAAGAGCGGGGCUGCGCUACCUGCGGCGCGGUGUCGAUGAAGAAGGCAACGCAGCGAACAGUGUCGAGACAGAACAGAUACUUUCGUCCCCUACUUGGAACACCUCUCAGGACAAGAUCUUCUCAUUCACACAGUUCCGCGGUUCCAUACCCCUCUUCUUCUCGCAAUCGCCAUAUAGUCUUAAGCCGCAAGUGAGCACUUGGGGCUCGUCCGAUACAAAUGCCCAAGCCUUUAAGCGCCAUUUCGCGGACCUUUCCUCUAGAUAUGGCGCGAUAUACUGUGUCUCGCUUGUGGACAAGCAUGGCACUGAAGCCAAGAUUGGCGAACUAUUCGAAAGGCAUGCGAAGAUGCUCAACGAGAGGGGAGGAAUGGACGGGAAAGGGAAGGAGCUUGGCUUCGAGUGGUUCGACUUCCAUUACGUCUGCCGUGGAAUGCGAUUCGAGAACGUCUCCAAGCUUAUGGAAACCCUGGGACCCUUCCUUAAGGCGACGAGUUGGACCGAGAUCUCGGACGACCAGUCAGUGCAGAAACAGUCAGGCGUACUACGGACGAACUGCAUGGAUUGUCUGGAUCGCACAAAUGUCGUUCAGUCUGCAUGCGCCAGGACGGCGCUCGAAGCUCAACUCUCCGCGGGCAGCUUCAGCAUCGAUCUGCAGCACGAUCCCAGUACAUCCUGGUUCAACACGCUCUGGGCCGACAACGGCGACGCGAUAUCUAGGCAGUACGCAGGCACUGCCGCUCUCAAGGGCGACUUCACGCGUACAAGGAAGCGCCAAAUCACCGGCGCUCUGACUGACUUCGGACUCACGCUAACUAGAUACUACAACAACAUCGUCAACGACUACUUCGCGCAAGCCGUCAUCGAUUACCUGCUCGGCCGGGCGACGGACACCAUCUUCGCCGAGUUUGAAGCCGACAUGAAGAACUCAGACUACUUCAUUGACCUGCGGAAGGUCCGACAAGCAGCCAUCGAACGCUCCGCAGGCAUCGUGAUCGAAGACAAGGACGAAGACCUCAUCGCUGGCUGGACGCUUAGCGUACCCACCUCCGCCGACCGACUCAAGACAGCGACCUUUGAAGAAGCCGUCCUGCUGCUCACGGAAAAAGCGCUGUAUUUCUGCCGCCUAGACUGGGGCACCGAGAAAGUCCGCGAGUUUGAGCGCAUCCAGCUAGAGAAUCUGGAGAGCGUCUUCCGCGGCGCUUACAUCACUAGCACGCUCGCACAGCGCCACAUGGACGAGCAGAAGAACAUCGGUUUCGUGCUCAGAUACCGCGCUGAACCCAGCGGCGAGCUUGUACGGCGCAACACGCGCUCGCUCGACUCGGGCAUCUUGGACGCGCCAUCCACCGGCCCUGACAAGUCUAAAUCCUCAAAGUCCAACAAUAGCAACAACAACAAACCUAACCCCGGCCGCUUCCUCGCCUUCAAAGCCCUCCCCCCACGCUCCAGCAUCCCGCCCCCCUCCGAUGCCGCCGACUCCUCCACGCCUGAGACGGAAGCCGAGGUAGUGAAGAGCAUAUGCGAUGAGAUUGUCCGCGUGGCGAAUAAGACGAAGAAGGCGGAUAGGGUGAAGUGGAGUCUGCCGGGGACGGACAGGGAGGAGCGGCCGGGUGAGGACGCGCAGGAUAAGGAGUUGGCCGUCGAGGAGAAGGAUAUUAUUAGUCUGGCGGAUGCGAAGAAGAGUACGGGGUAUCUGGAGCAGUUGGGGUAUAGCUUGAAGAAGUUGGUUUGGGCGUGA